AUGGCAAGUCUUCUGCGUUGGCUUCUUCCCCGCUUCACCAGUAAUUUCACAAUCCCUGGCACACCAAGAAAACUGAAAAUGAAUUCUGCGGACUUGCCAGAACUUUUCCAGCCUCCAGUCAAUAGGUCUAUGCAGACCCUGGACAGAUCAUUCUUCAGAAAAUCGGUACCGUUGGCCGCUGCCACUGUGUUGGAUCUCAAAGAGAUAACGAAUGUGCGGAAGCAACUCGAGAGAUCUGGAGACAUCUUGAGGCUCAGUCCCAUCAGGCCUCUUCGAGACGACGAUCAAGUACCAGGCGCCAAAUGUUUCUUGCUAUCCCCACAUGUCGAUGCUAACGCACCGGAGACAUGGUCCCCGAUCCUGUCGCAGCUGGUGGACAACAAAUCGGCGAUGUUGAGGCCGUUUACCCUGACGCUGACAUAUGACGAUUGGACGAUGCACAACAUACUUGAAGCCAUCUUGCCGGACGUCCCUGAAGACGAGAAGGAGACUCCGGCAGGAUUUGCCCAGGUCGGGCAUGUCGCUCACGUGAAUCUUCGUACGCCAUAUUUGCCUUACAAACACUUGAUCGGCCAAGUGCUCCUCGACAAGAAUCCCAACGUUACCACCGUCAUCAACAAGACCUUCGAUGUCGGCACCGAGUCUGUCUUUCGCACCUUCCCUUACGAAGUCCUCGCAGGGCCAGACGACCUCGACGUGGUCGUGCACGAAGCGGGCUGCGAGUUCAGGUUCAACUUUGGCAAAGUCUACUGGAACUCUCGCCUCGGAACCGAACAUGCCCGGAUCUUUGAGAGCUUCAAGGAAGGCGAGGCUGUCUGCGACGUCAUGGCAGGAGUAGGCCCAUUCGCGGUUCCAGCAGGGAAGGGAAAAGUUUUCGUCAGAGCCAACGAUCUCAACCCAGACUGUUACACCAGUCUGAGCGAUGCUAUUAAGCGCAACAAAGUCGAUGAAUUCGUUAUGGCCUCAUGCGAUGACGGGAGAAAGUUCAUACGCAAGGCCACAAUGGAGCUAGCUCAAACACCGCGAAAGGUCAUUUUAAAACCGAAGGUCAAGGUGUCACGAAAAGCCAGUGUAGAGGAGAGGAAAGCCGCAGAAGAAGCCGCCUCGAAGUCUGCGCGAACACUUGAAGAACCAACGUCAUUCGAUCACUAUGUCAUGAAUUUGCCAGCUACCGCAAUCGAGUUUCUCGAUGCGUUCAAAGGUGUCUAUCAUAACCGUCAAACUGAGUUCGCACCGCACACGACCCGAAAACUGCCAUUCAUACACCUAUACUUGUUCCAAGCCAAGCUUGCCACCGAGGAGGAAGAGUGUCGAGAGAUCUGCGAGCGAAUCUCUCAGUAUAUCGGCACCGAGGUCAAAUCGACUGAUCCUGAGUUGGAGAUGAGCGUCCGAUACGUCCGACUCGUUGCGCCGAAGAAGAAGAUGUAUUGCGCUAGUUUUCGGAUCCCUGCCGCCACGGCGUUUGCAGAGCCUUAG